UGGCUCAUGAGAUGGUUUGUUUCUUCAGCCCUGCUCCGCAGCCGGCGGUUUUCGCUCCGUUCGAGGAGCAGCAGCAGGUUGUUCCGGAGGAGGGGUACCACGGCCAUGUCGAGGAGGUGGAGGAGGGCAGCGGCCAUGGCCACGGCAGCGGGCAGGGGAAGCUGUACGCGAGGGGCCACUGGCGGCUUGCGGAGGACGCCAAGCUUAAGGAGCUCGUCGCGCAGUACGGCCCCCAGAAUUGGAACCUCAUCGCGGAGAAGAUCGACGGCAGAUCAGGGAAGAGCUGCCGUCUGCGGUGGUUCAACCAGCUUGAUCCGCGGAUCGAGCGGCGCGCGUUUUCGGAAGAGGAGGAGGAGCGGCUGCUGGCGGCGCAACGCGCCUACGGGAACAAGUGGGCGCUCAUCGCCCGGCUCUUCCCCGGCCGCACGGACAACGCCGUCAAGAACCACUGGCACGUCCUGACGGCGCGAAAGCAACGCGAGCAGUCCGGCGCACUCCGCCGCCGGAAGCCGUCCACUUCGUCCUCGUCGUCGACCCCCGCGCCGUCGAACUUCGUGCCAGCCGUCGCCGUCCAUCACCACCACCACUACGGCUCCCCUCCCGUGCCGUUCCACGCCGGCGGCGCGCUCGCGCAGCAGCACGGCGUCGCCGCGGCGCCGGCGGCGGCCACCCGCGCGUACAACGGCAGCGAGUCCGAGGGGUCCGCGUCCACCUGCACCACCGACCUCUCCCUCGGCUCCACCGGCGCCGCCGUCCCCUGCUCGUACCAGAGCUACGACGUGGUUCCGCACGCCGCAGCGCCCGCGCCGGCCGCGUUCGCGCCGAGCGCCCGCUCCGCCCCUUCGCUGGCGCGCCACCAGGCGGCGGCCUCCGACGACGACAAGCUCCCCUUGCCCUUCUUCGACUUCCUCGGCGUCGGCUCGACAUGAUCAGAGUCCUGGCGGGGGUAGCGGGAGUGUACAGGAGUAGGGUGAAAGAUCAAAUCCCCAGUGAUCAAGAUGAACCAACUAAGAUUAGAGUUAAUGAACUGCAAGUUCUUUCCUGCCCAAAGGCCCAAGAGAUGACAAUGA